UUAGCGAGAGGGGCUGUACUUAUAGGAGAGGGUAUAAAAAUUCUUCCACUCGGAUUAAAACACAUUUCUUCUCCAGAUAUUCUCCUUUAAAUCCCUCGCACAGGAGUAAGGUGAAGCCAAAGCUUGUCCCAAAAUGAAGGUUUUUGCCCUGACUGUACUGGUGAUUAGCCUCUGCUAUGUACAAGGUGGUUUAGUGAAACGGCAAGCCGAGGAAGAACCUCAGGGGGAAGUUCCAACUGCCUUUGCUGCUCAGUUCAAUGAAUUUAUCCGGAGGUUGCAACAGGAAACCCAAGGAUUGGCUACAUCCAUCAAAGAGAGCUUUGCGCAAACCCCUUUAGAGGAAAUAAGGAGCCAAAUUGAUUCGGCGUUCCAGCAACUCCAGGACAAAUUUAAUCCCCUCACCCAACAGAUGAGGCAAAAUGUGGCCCAAUUGUUCACCAUCCCUGGUCGUGUCGAGCAAGCCCCCGAAGCCGAAAGCUAAAGUCGACGCUUCUCAAAAAUGGAAUUCUCCGUUUCCUUCGACCCCGGGAUGUAUAUUUAGCAAAAUCGGGGCUCAUUUUCCCUGAAUCGAAACUGUUGAGACCCUAAGACCAGUUGCAAUAAAGAUAUAUCAGUUCUUCUUUCCGUA